GCGAAUAUGCGCUUCUGGCGGCGAAGCAAACUGGCUUCAUGGCAUGAAACUUCUCUUCACGCAUCCCCACUCUUUCGGCCAUGGUUACUUCUGCAGCACUCGGGCGGCUGAGCACAUUCGUGCGCGAACCGCGUUAGAGUCGAGUCAGGUUUUGGCAGUUUAUUUUUGUUGCUUCACGCAGGUGUUUCGGUAAAGACGACGACGUGCGUUAGGCAGUGAGUGAUUCACGCAAAGCUGGAAGGUGUAAUAUGGGCAUAUUUCGCGAGUUUCCAACAGUCUUCAACCUUUAUAAAAAGUAUAGUUAGGCUUAUAUUGCCAAGGAAACUUCUGUCGAGGAGUUUCAAACAGGAACCUAUACAGCUACAUUGUGAUUUAUUCUUGCUUAGCACGUUCUGACCGAUACAGCAAGACGGUUCUCAAGCCAAAGAUAUCUAUCGUUACUACUACUCUGCUCCGAAAUUUUUCAAGGAACGAUAUCUGCAUCCUGUGCACCAGUCUUUUAUUCAACAGCCAGACGAGUAACAGACUCUAAACAAAGUCAUUGUGGAGCUUUUUUUUGUAUAAGUAUAUUUUGCAACAUCUUACCGAAAUGAAUAAGUCAAGUUUCAUUCAAGAAGGAGAUAGCGCUAAGAAAACUUCAACUUUAGUCAGGCGUGUGUCUGACAUGUUCAAAGAUGGAACUUACAGUGGGCCACCUUCUCUUUUCUCUCAGAAGAUUCGCCAUUGCUGCCAAAACUUAAAUCUUUUUCCAUUUUUGCUAUACUCAUUUGAAAACUCAAAGUCACAUCCACUGGCAAAGAAAGUCAACAUCUGCUUUGACUUAAUACUCAAGAAUUUUAUUGAACGACUGUUGAUCAUUUACACAAGUGCACGCCGUGCUGUUAUUAAUGGUCUUCAACAAAAAUCUGUAUUACUUUCCAAAAAAGAAACCAUUGAGCUAAGAAAAUCCGUUGAAGUGAGUGAACCUAGAGCUAAACUUUGCACGUUUAAGAAAGAGAAACCAAAGAAAACCCCAGCUCUACUUGCUGCUGCAAUUUACCUUACACCAUUGGUUCUUCUUUUCCAACUGAUUGGACUUUGUAGUCUACUCAUUUUUGGCAAGUACACACCUGGAUUCAUCUUCCUCAUUAGUUCUCUGGUUCUGCUUGCAUGUAUAUCAAUGAAGAUUAUGUUCCAUGAUACAAUUGCACAUCAAAGGAAAAAAGAAGAGAGGAGGAAAAAGAGUAAAGAAGAAUGAAUUAUUUAAUUUAAGUC